AUGACCAACUACCCAAUCCUCAUCAACUUCAUCAUAGCCCUCUCCUAUAUCCUCCCUAUCCUAAUCGCAGUAGCCUUCCUGACACUAGUAGAACGUAAAAUCCUAGGCUAUAUACAAAGUCGAAAAGGCCCAAACAUUGUCGGCCCGUUUGGUCUACUCCAACCCCUAGCAGAUGGCGUGAAACUCUUCAUCAAAGAACCAAUCCGCCCCUCAACAUCCUCCCCUAUCCUAUUCCUCGCUACCCCCGUACUAGCCCUGCUCUUAGCAAUCUCAAUCUGAACCCCCCUACCCCUACCAUUCUCCCUAGCAGAUCUCAACCUGGGCUUACUAUUCCUCCUAGCCAUAUCGAGCCUAGCUGUAUACUCCAUCCUAUGAUCCGGUUGAGCCUCUAACUCAAAAUACGCCCUAAUUGGAGCCUUACGAGCCGUCGCCCAGACUAUCUCCUACGAAGUCACCCUAGCAAUCAUCCUCCUAUCUGUCAUUGUUCUUAGCGGGAACUACACCCUAGGCACUCUAGCCACCACCCAAGAACCCCUUUACCUCAUCUUCUCCUGCUGACCCCUCGCCAUAAUAUGAUACGUCUCCACACUGGCCGAAACCAACCGUGCCCCAUUCGACCUAACAGAAGGAGAAUCCGAACUCGUCUCAGGUUUCAACGUAGAAUACGCAGCAGGACCCUUCGCCCUAUUCUUUCUUGCCGAAUACGCCAACAUCAUACUCAUAAACACACUGACCGCCAUCAUAUUCUUCAAUCCAAGCCUAUGAAACCCACCCCAAGAACUAUUCCCGGUAAUUCUCGCUACAAAAGUCCUUCUCCUAUCAGCAGGAUUCCUCUGAGUUCGUGCCUCAUACCCCCGAUUCCGCUACGACCAACUAAUACACCUACUAUGAAAAAACUUCCUACCACUCACACUAGCCCUAUGCCUGUGACACACCAGCCUCCCAAUCUGCUAUGCAGGCCUGCCACCCUACCUAAGA